CAUUCACUCGUUUUUCUCGACUCAUUCCUUAUCCGCCAUCCGCCACGGAACCCUGCAAUGAUCAAAGUAGAAAGUGACGUUAGUGAACUGGUUUUGCCCAGGGCGCAAAUUUUGAAUGGCACCAACAAUGCGUGGGAGAGUGUUAUUGACGUAGAGGAAGAGAUAUCUUCCAAAACUGCGCCUAAGGAUGUUGUGGCAGUUGCGAAGAAAGCGUUCGCGACCGGAAAGACGAAACCUCUGAAAUUUCGGCGGGAACAACUUAAGGGACUACUUAAAUUUUUAGAGGAAUGCAAGGAAGAUAUAGAAAAAGCGCUGUAUCAGGAUUUAAGGAAGCACAAACAAGAAUGCCAUCUUUGUGAAAUAGAGAUAAUUGCUAAUGACUUAAGACACACUUUAAUGGAGCUAAAGGAAUGGGCGAAGCCUGAAAAACCUGAAAAACGACUUGUAAAUGUCUUAGACGGGGUGUAUCGCUACAAAGAUCCCUAUGGUGUAGUUUUAAUUAUAGGGGCCUGGAAUUACCCUCUACUUUUAACUCUUGGACCACUAGUAGGUGCUUUGGCGGCUGGUAAUGUUGUAAUUUUGAAACCGUCAGAAUUAUCUCCUGCGACGUCCAGUAUGACGGCUAAGAUUUUGACAAAAUAUCUGGAUAAAGAAUGUUUUCAAGUCUUUCUUGGAGGAGUAGAGGAAACCACUGAACUACUGAAGGAAAAAUUCGAUUAUAUUUUCUUUACUGGUUCAACAACUGUUGGCAGAAUUGUUUACCAAGCAGCUGCGAAAUAUUUAACACCGACUACUUUAGAACUAGGUGGUAAGAGUCCAUCAUACAUCGACGAAUCGGCAGAUAUAAAGAAAACUGCCAAACGUAUUCUUUGGGGAAAGCUAAUAAACAGUGGUCAAACUUGCGUGGCUCCAGAUUAUAUAUUGUGCACCAAAACUGUUCAAGAAAAGUUUUUGCAACACGCCAAACUGAUAAUCACUGAAUUUUAUGGUCCAGAUCCGACGAAAAGUCCUGAUUUAUGUAAGAUAAUAACAGAAAGACAUUUUAAAAGAUUAGUUGAUUUUAUCAACCCUGAAAACGUGGCUAUAGGUGGUAAAUUCGACAUUUCGGAAAGGGUAAUCAGUCCGACAGUUUUGAUUAACGUGUCACCAGAAGAUCCUGUGAUGAAAGAAGAAAUAUUUGGACCCAUUUUGCCUAUUAUCAACGUAAGAAAUGCAGAGGAAGCUAUUAAUUUUAUAAAUGAAAGGGAGAAACCACUCGCCCUGUAUGUGUUUGCUAAGAAUAAGUCUGUACAGAAAUUAUUUUUAAAUCACACCUCGUCUGGUGGGGCAACAGUGAAUGACACAGUCACACAUUUAAUAACGGAAAACUUGCCAUUUGGUGGAGUAGGAGAAAGUGGUAUGGGUUCAUACCAUGGCAAAGAAGGAUUCGACACAUUUUCGCACCAGAAAAGUGUUCUGGUAAAAGAUUUUGCUAAUCUGACAGAGCUCUCAUUGGCCAUGCGUUAUCCCCCAUACAGCAACACGAAGAUUAAAUUAUUGAAUUUUGUUUUGAAGAAGAGAAGUGGAAUUUCCUUUCGAAUUUUGAAAAAUUGUUUUAUUUUUUCACUGGGAGUUGCAUGUGCCUAUGGUGUACAGUAUAUUUGCAGUCAAUUGAAUGAGAGUGAAUAGGUCAAUAGCGAGAAAUAAAAUUAUUGGUUGUAGUUUGAGCGUUUAAAUAAUUACAUUGAUGUUAUGAAGUACAGAAUUAUGGAAGAUAUUGAUUCACAAAAUUGCAGUUGAACACCUGACACUACCCAGAAAAAAAAGUUAAUUUAGAAAAGAAGUAACUUUACACAAUAGAACAGUUUAAUUUGAUGUAUUCAUUUUUAUGUUUGUGAGAUGCCGAAACAUUAUUUGUUUUCUUUUUAUAGAUUUAAUGGACAUCAACACAUAAGAAAAAAGUAUGAACAUCACUAAACACUCUACACAUAACAUUCACUUUGUAUUUGUCAUCAGCAUUAAUGUGAUGAGCAAAAUACUUUCGGCAACGUGAGGCAAGAAAGUAUUUUACGUACCUGUACUAUUUAAUUCUUAUGUAGGUACUAUCUCCAACUUUCAGAACUAAUUACUUCUCAAAACUAACAAAAAACAAAAUUUUUUGGUAAAACAAUUCCUAAGGGAUCUAGAUUUUUUAAGUUUGGAUGUGCGUUUUUCAUCAAUUGCUCAGUGACCUUGAAGAUUUGCGACAGUAUAGUUUUUUAGUGUCGCUACUGUCAUGUAAAAUUUGAACACAAAUUGGUGUCAAAAUUAGGAAGAUUUUGUGGGAAUGUGAAAAAAAAAGUUUCUUGACGUUAAAUAAAAUAUUUUUCAAUCAAGACUUUUACCUCUAGUGUAAAAGUCCAAUAAUCUUAACAAUAUUUAUGUUAAUUUUACUCUAAUUUCUUAAAAAUUUGAGUUAUACAGGGUCAUUAAAAUAAACCAAACAGAUCAAAGGUAUCUGCUACCGUUCCUGAAAUAUUUUGAAAGAAACUGAAAAUAGCAAUUUUAGAAAAUGCCAUCUAGCGUCCUUAUUUCGCAACAGAAAGAGAUAAAAUUUGGUACUGGAGAAUAAGAAGAUACGAGGAAUCAAUUUUCGUCGAAAGAAAAUUUGUACGGCCACUAGUUUCAGUUAUGCAACAUUCAAUUGUUUUUUUUUCCUAUGGGCGCCAAAUUGGAUCUUGACUGUAACAGAUAGAGGAUAAAAUUACGAACACAUCAACACUACUAUUUUAUUUGAAGAAUAACCCACAAAAUUAAAGAAAUUCAGUAAUUUAAAAAAAAAAAA